AUGGCGUUUUCGGAAGAAGGCCAAUAUUCUUAUGAAGAUGUUGAUGGCAUGGAUGGCUUCAUUUAUUGGCGUAGGGAAAGUAUAGAAAAAGAACUAAGCAUCCUUGCAGACAUUAGAACAGAAGGUAAUCAAGUUUCGAUGCCUAAGAUUCAAAGGGUUCCAGAUUAUAUGGGAGGACGGGAAGAGUUUAAAAGAUUCUACUUGCCUAAUCUUAUUUCAAUUGGUCCAUUUCAUUGUUCUAGACCUUAUGUAGAGCAAGGUUGUCGAUACAAGAAACUAUGGACUGCAAUGUAUCUUAAUGAAACCCACCAAACCUACGAUAAAUUAUUUUUUAGAAUUUACAGUUUCCAACGAUUAGUAUUUAUGCGGCACUCAUACGCACCAUACCCAUGGCCGCAAGAAUUCCCUGAGGACUACUACCAGUACCACUCUUCUUUCAGAAAACCAAAUAAUUGGCCAUACCUUGUUUUAAUGGAGGAUGGCUGUUCAAUACUUCAAGUGUUGGACAAAUCUGUGGAUUCUGAUAAUCCAGAAGAAGAACUCAUGAUUAGCACUGACAAGCUGGUGCGGGUCCAUCAAGAUCUGCUCCUCUUGGAGAACCAAAUUCCCUUUCAAUUACUCGAGCUCAUAUGCGGCGAGGAUAGAGCGAGGCUAAAGAGAUGCAUGCGCAAUUUCCUUAUAAUUCAUGGCAUUGAGGAGGCAUCCAGAAGAACUGAUGGUGAUGGUGAUGGUGAUGGGGAGCACAAUAUAACAAUAGUCCAAGACCAUGAAAAAGAAGAAGAACCAUUUCAUCUUUUAGACUAUCUGCGGAGGGCACUCCUCAGAAGGGACAAAACGCAAAUCCAUAAAGAAAUCAAAUUGACGACUAAGAAGCGGAAAUCGCUGCAUCUCAGAAAAUACAGGAUUGGGACCGUACGGGAGCUGAGGGCAGCAGGGAUUCGAGUAACCAAAAGUCCCAAUAGCACCUCUUUCUACCCCAUUUUCACUGCCGAUGGAGAACUACAACUUCCCGAGAUCACUGUGGACGGCUCAACAGCUAUUAUGUUCUUGAAUCUGAUAGCGUACGAGAUAUGCCCAGACUUUGUCAACGACUUCGAGAUCAGCUCAUUCCUAGUGUUUCUGAGCUCUCUCAUUGACCAGCCAGAGGAUGUGAAGGAGUUAAGGAGAGCUGGCAUACUUCGCAACGAACUUGCCAGUGAUAAAGAGGUGGCAGAUCUCUUUAAUAAGAUGGAUGUGGUGUUGGUGCCCCAGACCGACGCAUAUGCUCGAAUCAGAGACCAAAUUGAAGAGCAUUUUGUGUCGAGGCGUGGGAAGAUCAAAAUGUUGGGUUGGAUGGGAGAGGCUUACAGUAGCUACUUCCGAUCACCAUGGACCGUCAUUGCCUUGAUGGCUGCCAUUCUUGGUCUUACUCUCACUUUUAUCCAGACCUGGUUUGCCAUCCACCCUAAAGGUUCCUAA